AUGAUCUAUCUUACACGUGUCGAGCAUUUUAAUGCUGCCCACAGGCUGGUUAAUCCUAACUGGAGUGACGAAAAGAAUGUGGAGGUUUUUGGGAAAUGCUCUAAUGCAAACUGGCACGGACAUAAUUACGAAUUACACCUGACCAUUAAAGGCGAUCCGAAUCCUGAUACCGGUUUUGUGUUUAAUGCCAAAACGCUGGGCGACCUCAUUAAAGAUGUGGUUGUGGAAAAAGUGGAUCACCGCAACCUGAAUGUGGAUGUGGAUUUCAUGCAGGGAAAAUUUACCAGUGCCGAAAAUUUUGCCAUUGGUAUCUGGAAUGAGCUGGACCCGCAUGUAAAGGCUGCCGGUUAUGAUGAUGCGAAGGCGGCGCUAUUGGAAGCAAUUCUGGAAGCAUUUAAAAAACACAAGAAAAUUGGCCACUUGGUUAAAGAUGAGACUAUAAAGAUGUUGAAAUCUGUAAAACAGUUAUAUGAAUGGCAAUCCACCCAAAAUGGUGAACCUAAGGAAAUAGGAGAGCUUGAGCUAAUAGCCGUGGGUGAAACAGAUGAAGAUAAUGGUAAAGCCAAGGAGUGGACAACAGGGCAAAUGCGACUUUGGUUGAACACUGAGCCAAAACUUUCAGAUCUUUCUUUAUUUGCUAAUCUUGCAUCUGAUGCAGCUUUGGAUUUCUUUAUUAUCUCUGCUUGCGUGUAUUGUGUUGAUAGUCUACCACAAAGCGCAAUGAUUUCUCAAUAUACACAACCAUUUGCCCAG